ACCAUCAGCUGGUAAAAAUUUUCCUGCGAGUGACUAUUUUGCGUGAUAAUUUUGUGAAAAUUCCGUGAAAAUGCUGGCUCUUCGCAGUGCUCUGUCCAGAUUGGCUGCCCGUAGAAUGGGAGCUGGAGCUCGUUGCUACCAUGGAAAGAAUCCCCAUACGCAGAGUACAAUGAAUGACCUGCCCACACCCCAGGGAGACUUCUUCGAGUUGCACGCCAAGCGUCAAGCAAAGUACAAUCGUGCUCUCAUCAUUGGUGUUGCAACAUUCGUGGGAACGCUCGUUGUUACCAAGGAGAGUGGGCUGCUGGAGCUGAACUUCAGCCCCCCGGACACCUAUGAAUAGAUUAAUUUAGAACACCCGCCCCUCACAGAGAAUGUCUAGUUGAGAGUAUUUGAAAAUAAAUUCUGGUAAGAAGCCCA